AAAUAAUAAUGGCAAGAACAAAAUAAACUGCAAGAAAAAGCACUGCUGGUAACAAGAAACCAACCAAACAUUUGGCUACAAAGGCUGCAAGAAAAACUGCACCAGCUGUUGGAGCUACUGGAGGUUUAAAGAAACCCCACAAAUUCAGACCAGGAACAGUAGCCUUGAGAGAAAUCAGAAAAUAUCAAAAAUCAACUGAGCUUUUGAUUAGAAAGCUUCCAUUCUAAAGAUUAGUCAGAGAAAUUGCACAUGAAUUCUAAAAGGAACUCAGAUUCUAAAGCUCAGCUGUUUUAGCACUCUAAGAAGCUGCUGAAGCAUACCUUGUUGGAUUAUUUGAAGACACCAACUUAUGUGCUAUUCAUGCAAGAAGAGUUACAAUCAUGUCAAGAGAUAUCUAAUUAGCCAGAAGAAUUAGAGGUGAAAGAUUCUGAUUAAUGAAUCAUUAUGAAUUCAAUUAAAUUAGUAAUUAUUAAAAAAAG